AUGGAGCGUGUAUUCUCAGUAGACGAUAUUCUCGGCACGUUUUGGAAAGUAGACGCAUCGGGCGAUGCCGCUGCGGCGGCUUCCGCCGCCGCAGCUGCUGCAGCAACCGGCGGAAUGUUCUCCCCUCCCUCUAUGCUCCCCCCCGGCGGGGUCCCCUUCCCCGGCCAUCCGCCCGGUGUGAUCGGAGGGGGUGGUGGCGGUAGCGAGUUACAGCGGCCAAUACCGCGUACAGGCUCGUUCCACCGUAUGAACCGCAGCUCCUCGGAAUGGGCAUUUCACGAAUUCGUUAAGGAGCAGGGCUUAACCGGAGUGGGAGCAUUAGGAGCCGCCGCAAUUGGCGGCGGGGGCGCCGCUGGCACGUCCGGUAUGGGUCCGCCUGGAAUGAACCCGUUAAUUCCGGGUCUAAGCCAGGUUUCGAGUCUCGAUAAGCUGCUAGGAGACAGUCCCUCGAAGCUCAACCUCGCGUCGUACUAUCGCGGCUUAGACGGCGGAGCGGAAGGCGCGGGAGGCGCGGCGGGAGUGGGCGCAGGAGCGGGGGCGGGAGCAGGAAGCGGUGAUGGCGCGGGGAAGCCGGGCGGAGACACAAGCGGGGAACAACAGCGGCUUGGGCUCAUCGGGUUGGGGAGGGCCUCUGGGGGGGAGGCGGGAGCAGGGGCGCGGACGGAUACAGAGGGGGGUGCUGCAGCUGGCGGCGACGGUGGCGGCUCAGCGGCCUCGGCUCCUGGGGGGGGUUCGGCAACUGUCGGUGGCGCGGGGUCGGCAUCAGGCUUCUCCCCGCCGUCGGCGGCGCCCACUAUGGCUCUCGCCCCAGGCGGCGCGGCAGCAGUCGCAAGCGGCGGCGGCGGUGCGGGGAGAAGAACAGCAGGCAUAGCCAGCCCUCCUCGUCGUGGCUUUCAGGCCCAUCCGCCCGCUCACAGACCCGCAACCCACGGCGCAACAGGCGCUACAGCACCCGGGGGAGCAGCCAGCGGGGGAAGAGGAGGUGGGGGAGCAGCAGGGGCAGGGUCCGCGCGCGGGCUUUCCUCCCGCGAGGCAUCCGAAGAGCCGCGAUCUGACGGCGAGGGCGCGCGGUCCGAAGGCGAGUACGAGUUAGUGGCGUCCCUAGAGCACCUAACGGACCCGGAGGAGAUUAAGCGGGUGAAGCGCAUGCUGUCGAACCGCGAGUCGGCGCGGCGGUCGCGGCGGCGCAAGCAGGCGCACGUGAGCGACCUGGAGGGGCACGUGCAGCAGCUGCAGGCGGAAAACGCGAGCCUGGCGAGCCGGCUGGGGGAGAUUGGGCGGAAAUACAACGAGGCGGCCGUUGACAACCGCGUGCUGAAAUCCGACGUGGAGGCACUGCGCGCCAAGGUGAAAAUGGCUGAGGAGAUGGUGGGACGGGUCGCCCACAUGGCACAGUACAUGUAUCACCAGCCAAUGGCGUUCCGCCACGACGCAGCCUCCGCCGCCGCUGCCGCUGCCGCUGCUGCUGCCAUGCCAUACCCUUCGCCCAUAGACCUUCCCUACUAUCCCCGGCCCCACCGUGCAUCCCAACCCCCACCGGCGCCUUACCCCCUCCCUCCACAUGCUGCCGCCCACGCCGCCCAGGCUUCUCAUGCUGCCCAUGCCCAUGCUGCCCAAGCCGCCCACGCCGCCCAGGCCUCUCAUGCCUCUCACGCCGCCCAUGCGGCCGCUCUGUCCCUCGAUCCACACCAAGCCAAUGGGCCGCCGGCAUCUGCCAUGCACCCGAACCUUCUGCCGGGCCUGGGGUUACCGCCAGGCAUGGACCCAAACGCGUAUGGUAUGAUGCAGGCAGGCAUGGUUCCGGCAGGUAUGGUGGGGUCCAUGCCUGGUGCCGUACCUGGAGUUCUGGAUACCUUCUACGUCCAGAACGCUGCUGGUAACAAGAUCGAAGAUCCGGCUGAACUCGAUGUUCUGAGGAAGGCUCUCGAGGUUUUGGCUGUCCCCGUGGCGUCUCCGCCAGCUGUGCGUCCCUCUGCGGUGCAGGUUGAGAGUCCCGUAGUGGACCUCCGCAAGCGGCUCAAAGACGUGUAUCUGAGCAACGACGUGCUUUCCAUUCAGGAGAGCAUCGUGAACCACGUCGAAUACACUCUCGCCCGUGAUCGUCACCAUUUCGAUUCGUAUGAGUGCUACCAAGCAGUGGCUCACAGCGUGAGGGAUCGUCUGAUCGAGAGCUGGAAUGACACCAACGAGCACUUCCGUGCGGCUGACCCCAAGCGCGUCUACUACCUUUCCAUGGAAUUUCUCAUGGGUCGGUCGCUGCUUAACAGCCUCUACAAUCUCAACCUACAUGAUGUCUACGCUCAGGCUCUCUCACAGCUUGGGUACAAGCUGGAAGAUAUUGUGGAGCAGGAGCGUGAUGCUGCACUCGGCAACGGUGGUCUUGGAAGGCUCGCAGCCUGCUUCCUUGACAGCAUCGCCACCCUCGACCUACCCGGAUGGGGGUACGGCAUUCGCUACCAGUACGGCAUGUUCCGUCAGACCCUUGAAAAUGGGUUCCAGCACGAGCAGCCCGACUACUGGCUCACCUUCGGCAAUCCUUGGGAGAUUGAGCGGACUAACAUUUCAUACACUGUGAAGUUCUACGGCCACGUGGAGCAGUACACGGACAGCAGGGGCUACCAGCGCUUCAACUGGGUUCCCGGGGAGCAGGUCCAAGCUGUGGCGUACGACAACCCAGUGCCCGGCUACGGCACCAACAACACAAUCAACCUGCGCCUGUGGGCCGGCAAGCCCUCCACAGAGUUCGAUCUGCAGUCCUUCAACACCGGCGACUAUGUCGCUGCCAUUCUCUCCAAGCAGCGCGCGGAGUCCAUCAGCAGCGUGCUGUACCCCGACGAUCGCAAGCCGCAGGGCAAGGAGCUGCGGCUGAAGCAGCAGUUCUUCAUGGUGUCCGCCUCGCUGCAGGACAUCAUCCGCCGCUUCAAGCGUACCGAAACCGACUUCACCAAGCUCCCCGAGAAGGCGGCGAUGCAGCUGAACGACACGCAUCCGACGAUCAGCGUGGCGGAGCUGAUGCGGCUGCUGAUGGACGAGGAGGGGUUGGGGUGGACGCUGUCGUGGCAGAUCACGCAGAAGGUCUUCGCCUUCACCAACCACACCGUGCUGCCCGAAGCCCUCGAGAAGUGGCCCGUCAGCCUCAUGGAGAGCCUGCUGCCCCGCCACAUGCAGAUUAUCUACCAGAUCAACUUCGAGUUCAUGCAAAAGGUGAAGUCGCGCUUUGGCGACGACUUCUCGCGCUCGUCUCGCAUGUCCAUCAUCGAGGAGGGCGAUGUCAAGAACGUGCGCAUGGCGAAUCUGGCGAUCGUGGCGUCACAGUCUGUCAACGGCGUGGCGGCCAUUCACUCGGAGCUCAUCAAGCAAACCAUCUUCAAGGAAUUCUAUGAGCUCUGGCCCCAGAAGUUCCAGAAUAAGACAAAUGGAGUCACCCAGCGGCGCUGGCUGGCGUUCUGCAACCCGGGGCUGCGCGAUUUGGCGGACGAGGUGGUGGGGUCGGACGACUGGGUGUCGGACCUGGAGAAGAUCAGGGCGCUCAGGGGCAAGGCGGAAGACGCUGCCUUCCAGAAGCGCUGGAGAGAGGUAAAGCAGCAGAACAAGCAGAAGCUCGCAGAUGUCAUUCUCAAGCUCACUGGUGUCAAGGUGAGCACGGAGGCGCUGUUUGACAUUCAAGUGAAGCGCAUCCACGAGUAUAAGAGGCAGCUGCUCAACGUGCUAUCUGUCAUCCACCGCUACGAAGAGAUCAAGCGCAUGUCAUCGGAGGACAAGUGCCGGGUGGUGCCGCGAGUGGUGCUGCUGGGCGGCAAGGCAGCGCCGGGGUACGAGAUGGCGAAGCGCAUCAUCAAGCUCAUCAGCGCCGUGGGGGAGAAGGUCAACAACGACCCCGCUGUGGGCGACCUGCUCAAGCUCGUCUUCCUGCCCGACUACAACGUCUCGCUCGCUGAGAUCAUCAUCCCCGCCAGCGACCUCUCGCAGCACAUCAGCACGGCGGGCACGGAGGCGAGUGGCACGUCCAACAUGAAGUUUGCCAUGAACGGGGGGCUUAUCAUUGGCACCAUGGAUGGUGCUAACGUGGAGAUUGCGGAGGAGAUCGGCGAGGAGAACAUGUUCAUCUUUGGAGUGCGAGAGCACGAGGUUUCGCGCCUGCGCCGCGAGCGGCCAGGCUACAACCCAGACGGUCGCUUUACCAACGCUGUCAACAUGAUCCGCAACGGCCAGUUUGGGUGGGUGGACUACUUCGCCCCGCUCGUGCAGUCCCUGGACGGCCCCAUGGGUGGUGACUUCUACCUCCUCGCCAACGACUUCCCCUCCUACCUCCAGGCCCAGGCUAAGGUGGACGAGACGUGGAGGAACAAGGGGCAGUGGGAGAAGAUGAGCAUUCUGAGCACAGCAGGCAUGAGCAAGUUCAGCAGUGAUCGCACGAUUGCCGAGUAUGCCAAGGACAUCUGGCACGUGCAGGCCUGCAAGCUUGACGUUGAGGCUGCUGCUGCUGCUAAGGAAGCCAAGAACAAGAAUGCCAACUGA